AUGGACUUCACAUUGAGGCUUCACUGCAGAGACUCCAUCCACUCUGAUGUAACCUAUGUGAACUGGGUCAAAGUAAUGACAGAUAUAACCGUAGGUUCUGAUCCCACUGGUGCCAGUGUAAGAAGUUCUGGAAAGAACUUACUCUCUGAUGCUUCUGCUACUGGCACAGGUACUCAGAAUGGAGAUUAUCUAAAGGCCCCUCAUUCACUGUGCAGUGAACCUUGCCCUUUGGGAUACAGGAAAGCUAAUCGGCCAGGACAGCCAGUUUGUUGUUUUGACUGCAUGUCAUGCUCUCUGGGGGAAAUCACAAAUUUGACAGAUGCUAGUGAGUGCAUAAAAUGCCCUGAAGAUCUCUGGUCAGAUGAGAAACGAGAGAAGUGCAUUAAUAAAGCCAUUGAUUUCCUCUCCUUUGAAGACUCAUUGGGUUCAUCUUUGACAGUCAUAUCAAUUGCAUCUUCCUUCAUCACCGUAUCCGUUCUUGUUAUCUUUGUUAAGUUCUGUGACACUCCAAUCGUUAGAGCCAACAACCAAGAACUCAGCUAUGUUAUCCUAGUCUCUCUCACCCUGUGCUUUCUUUGUUCCCUUAUAUUCAUUGGCCAUCCAAGGAAAAUUACCUGCCUCCUUCGACAGACUGCCUUUGGUGUUAUAUUUUCUAUUUGCAUUUCCUCUGUCCUGGCAAAGACUGUUAUUGUUGUUGUUGCCUUUAACGCUACUAAGCCAUCCAGUAAGUUGAAAAGGUGGGUGGGAUCAAGAUGGCUACCCAGCUCAAUUGUUGUAUUUAGUUCCCUGAUGCAGGUUAUUAUAUGUGUAACCUGGCUGCGUACCACUUCUCCAUUCCCACAGAAUAAUAUGAACUCUGAACCUGGAAAAAUAAUAAUUGAGUGCCAUGAAGGUUCUACCAUCAUGUUCUACUGCAUGCUGGGUUACUUGGGAUUCUUAGCCAGCACUUGUUUUAUUGUUGCAUUCUUUGCAAGAAAUUUACCUGACAGGUUUAAUGAAACUAAAUACAUAACAUUCAGCAUGCUUGUGUUUAUUACUGUAUGGCUGUCAUUUAUUCCUGCCUACCUGAGCACCAAAGGAAAGAAUAUGGUUGCUGUAGAAAUAUUUACCAUCCUUUCUUCUAGCAUGGCCUUGCUCGUUUGUAUUUUCAUUCCCAAAUGUUAUAUUAUUUUAUUUAAACCAGAACAGAACGCUAGAGGAAAGGUAACAGUGAAGUAA